AUGGGUCAAAUGCGGGCGUACGACGCCACGACCGCUUACUCGAGUGUGGCUCGUCAUGGGAGCCAGGUCUCGGGCUCGGCACUCCAUCGAAAAGUGCCGACCAGAUGGCCGCUGUCUUUGUUCAGUGCUUUACUAGUGCAUUUACUUGCUUCUCUGGAGAUUGAGGGUGUGCCGUUUUGUCUUGUCGGUGAGUGUGCGCAACCGGCACAACCUGACUGUACGGAGACGCCAGGGAAGACCACGUGCAGAUGCGUUGACAACGCAGCGAAGUCGCUGAGCGCCACCAUAUCAGAAACACGAAAAACGUUGGAGCUUCAGUGCCCGGAUUCGGCGACGAAGUAUGCACCUGAUGGGUUGAAAGGAGCAAACGUGUGCGCGGCAAGUACACAGAAGCUGACUGAAUGUCACAACUGCAACCCAGAGGACAAGUGCAUGGACGUCAACGAGCUUCUGUCUGGGACAGAGAAGGUGAAGUGGAAGUCGGAGACACCCGACAGCGGAAAUGGCCCACGGACUCUCACUGUACCGAAGGACAAUCUUCCCUACGUCGACCAGCAAUUCAAGGUCGGCUGCCUCGAUACGAGCGGUGAAACAGAAAAAUGUUCGGUGACUGUUGAACUCGAGGCGAGGAAAACUUCGAGAACGAACAACACUGUGACCUGUGCCUACGGGAAAGAAAGCAACGAAGCACACGAGACCAUCACACUCAACCCCGCGAACAACUCCUUCACCCUGUUGUGCGGGACGGACGGAGAAGUGCUGCCCAAAAACUACCAGGCGAACUACUGCCCAGUCGACGAUGCACAGAAAGAUGUCUCCACCCCAUGCGGUGGCGACUACAAGAGUAUUUUGCCGGAGUACGGAAGCACCUGGUGGAGCCCCGAAACGGUCAAAGGUGGCGUCACGCUGGCAAUUCCAACGGAGAAGUUCCCGGAGCAGACUGCGAAGAUUCGAGUAGGCUGCCUAGCGAGAGCUGCUUUGACCAGAGGUGACACCACACAAGAUCCUGAACAGAAGACAACUGUUUGCAACGUCGAUGUGACGAUCGAAGGCACAGGAUCACCUAGCGCUUCUGCAUCUCCGCUCGUACCCACGGAAGUCGUUGCGGGGUUGUCAGUUAUUGUCUGGAGUGGUGCACUGGCUUCCCAUGCCUAG